GGGUCAGCCCCGAGUGCAGCCGCCCAGCUCCCCACCGGCCCCGGGGUCGGUCUCUGCUGACCUCUCGGUGAGCGAGGCAUUGCGAGCCAGGGAGGGAUGGGAUCUGCGGGAGCCUCUGCCAAGAGCUGGCUCCAGAUCCGCAGGCAGCUCUGGGCUGCAUUUCCCCUCCGGCGCGAAGAGGAGCUGGGGUGUCCGGGGUUCACUCCUCGCUGACACCGACCCCCCGAGACCCUCAGCGGCACGCCGGGCCCCGCGGGGAGUCCCGUCUCCGUCCUCCCCUUCCCGCCUUGGCCGAGCCCCAGCUCCUCGCCCGGAGGAAGGGUGCACGUUGUGGGCAUCUCCCAUCCACCGAAAUCUAUGAUCAGCUCGGUGUGUGUCUCCUCCUACCGUGGACGCAAGUCUGGGAACAAACCACCCUCCAAAACAUGCCUGAAGGAAGAGAUGGGCAAAGGGGAAGAGUCGGACAAGAUCACCAUCAACGUGGGCGGCACCCGGCAUGAGACCUACAAGAGCACCCUGCGGACUCUGCCGGGCACCCGCCUGGCCUGGCUGGCCGACCCCGACGCCCAGAGCAACUUUGACUUUGAUGGCAAAAGCAAUGAGUUCUUCUUCGACCGGCACCCGGGCAUCUUCUCCUACGUGCUCAACUACUACCGCACGGGGAAGCUGCACUGCCCCGCGGACAUCUGCGGGCCCCUCUUCGAGGAGGAGCUCACCUACUGGGGCAUCGACGAGACCGACGUGGAGCCCUGCUGCUGGAUGACCUACCGGCAGCACCGCGACGCCGAGGAGGCCCUGGACAUCUUUGAGAGUCCCGAGCCUGGCGGAGGGGCUGCUGGAGAGGAGGCUGAAGAGGAAGGGGGUAGGGAGAUGGCCCUGCAGCGCCUGGGCAUGGAUGACAGGCCUCCAGGGGCAGCAGGGGCGGCUGGAGGGGGUGGAUGCUGCAGGAACUGGCAGCCCAAGAUGUGGGCGCUCUUUGAGGAUCCCUACUCGUCCAAGGCGGCAAGGGUGGUUGCAUUCGCCUCGCUUUUCUUCAUCCUGGUCUCCAUCACAACCUUCUGCCUGGAGACACACGAGGCCUUCAACAUCAACGUCAACGUGACGGAGACCCUGGUGGUGGGCAACACCACCACGGUGCUGCUGACCCACAAGGUGGAGACGGAGCCCAUCCUCACCUACAUCGAAGGGGUCUGCGUGCUGUGGUUCACCCUGGAGUUCCUGGUUCGCAUCAUCUGCUGCCCAGACAAGCUUCUCUUCAUUAAAAACCUGCUCAACAUCAUUGACUUCGUGGCCAUCUUGCCCUUCUACCUGGAGGUGGGUCUCAGUGGCCUGUCCUCCAAGGCUGCCCGGGACGUGCUGGGUUUCCUGCGGGUCGUUCGCUUCGUGCGCAUCCUGCGGAUCUUCAAGCUGACGCGGCACUUUGUGGGUCUGCGCGUGCUGGGCCACACUCUGCGGGCCAGCACCAACGAAUUCCUGCUCCUCAUCAUCUUCCUUGCCUUGGGUGUCUUGAUUUUCGCCACCAUGAUCUACUACGCCGAGCGGAUCGGAGCCAAGACAUCUGACCCCACUGGGAACGACCACACUCACUUUAAGAACAUCCCCAUCGGCUUCUGGUGGGCCGUGGUCACCAUGACCACCCUGGGUUACGGUGACAUGUACCCCAAGACCUGGUCGGGGAUGGUGGUGGGCGCCCUGUGCGCGCUGGCUGGGGUGCUGACCAUCGCCAUGCCGGUGCCCGUCAUCGUCAAUAACUUUGGGAUGUAUUAUUCCUUGGCCAUGGCCAAGCAGAAGCUGCCAAAGAAGAAGAAAAAGCAUAUACCCCGUCCAGCCCAGCUGGACUCACCCACCUACGGCAAAUCCGAGGAGAACUCACCCCGAAACAGCACCCAGAGCGACACGUGCCCACUGGCAGUGGAGGAGGGGGUGACUGAGAGGAAACGGUCAGACUCCAAGCAGAACGGGGAGGCCAACGUGGUGCUUUCGGACGAGGAGCAGCCGCUGUCCCCCAUGGACGAGGAGCAGCGGCCGAUGCGGCGCUCCAGCACCCGCGACAAGAACAAGAAAUCCUCCACGUGCUUCCUGCUGGCCACGGGGGACUUCUCCUGUGCAGCAGAUGGAGGCAUCCAGAAAGAUUCCUGCCAGGACAACACCCUUGCUUCCAGUUACCCCCAGGGUGAGGUGGUCACCUUCUCCUGAGCCCCAGCUGGUGCAGGCACUGCCCUGGCCAGGGAUGCUUUCCCUGGGGGAUGCCCUCCCCAGGGUGGAAGGAGGCUCUCCCUGGGGCCAGGGAUGCUCUUCCUAAGGCUGAAGGAUGCAUUCCCCCAGAGAUGCUCUCCCCAAGGCUGGGACAUGCAUUCCUCCAGGGAUUCUCUCCCCAAAGCCCAGGGAUGCUUUCCCUCAGGCUGGGACAUGCAUUCCUCCAGGGAUGCUCUUCCCAAGGGACAUGCUCUCCCCAGGGCUGAGGGAUGCUCUCCCCAAGGCUGGGACAUGCAUUCCUCUAGGGGUGCUCUCCCUGGGGCCAGGGGAUGCUCUUCCUAAGGCUAAAGGAUGCAUUCCCCCAGGGAUGCUCUUCCCAAAGCCCAGGGAUGCUCUUCCCAAGGGAGAUGCUCUCCCCAGGGCUGAGGGAUGUCCUUCCUAAAGCCCAGGGAUGCUCUCCUCAAGGCUGGGACAUGCAUUCCUCCAGGGAUGCUCUCCCAGGGCCAAGGGAUGCUCUUCCCAUGGGAGAUGCUCUCCCCAGGCCCAGGGAUCCUCUCCCCAAGGCUGAAGGAUGCAUUCCUCCAGGGAUGCCCUCCCUGGGGCCAGGGGAUGCUCUUCCUAAGGCUGAAGGAUGCAUUCCUCCAGGGAUGCUCUCCCUAAAGCCUAGAGAUGCUCUCCCUCAGGCUGGGACAUGCAUUCCCCCAGGGAUGCCCUCCCUAAGCUCCAGGGAUGUUCUCUUCAAGGCUGGGACAUGCAUUUCCCCAGGGAUGUCCUCCCCAAGGCCCAGGGAUGCUUUCCCCAAAGCUGGGACAUGCAUUCCCCCCGGGCUGCCCUUCCCAAGGAGCUUUCUCUCCCCAAAGCUCCAUCUCCUGGGGGUAUUGGCAGCUGGGUCCCCCCCAGAGGUGCCACAGAGCAGCAGGGCUGGGGGGAGGUUGGGGACAGCCCCAUUCCCCUUCCUGGUGCCAGCCCUGCCAUGGCCACGCUGCCCCUGCAACCCUGGGCUGCCCCCCACCCUCGCCCACGCUUCUGGCUGCACCUCGCCCUGCACAUCUGGAGAUCCAGCUGCUCACCAGGACAUCUCUGCACCGUGCCCUGACCCCUCCAGCGUCACACGGACACUGGGACCUCCUCUGGGCACCCCAGGGGGACAAAGGCUCUGCUCUGGUGCCACUCCAGGGUGACAAAGGCUCCACUAAAGGGUGGCACUCCAGGGGGACAAAGGCUCCACUCUGGUGCCACUUCAGGGUGACAAAGGCUCUGCUCUGCGUGCCACCCCAGAGUGCCAAGGGCUCCACUCUGGGUGCCACUCCAGGGUAACAAAGACUCCACUGGAGGGUGGCACUCUGGGGUGCCAAGGGCUCCACUCUGGAUGCCACCCCAGGGUACCGCAGGCUCCACUGCAGGUGCCACUCCAGGGUAACAAAGACUCCACUGGAAGGUGGCACUCUGGGUGCCACAGGCUCCACUCUGGUGCCACUCUGGGGUGCCACAGGCUCCACCCAGGGUGCCAAAGGCUCUGUUCUGGGUGCCAAAGGCUCCACUAGAGGGUGGCACUCCAGAGUGUUAAAGGCUCUGCUCUGGGUGCCACUCUGGGGUGCCAAAGGCUCCACUCCGGUGCCACCAUGGCCCCUCUCCCAUGGGUGCAGGUCCCAGGGGCAUGGGGGGGGGGGGCUAGAGGAGGGGUUGAGGUGCAGGGAUGGGGAUGGAAGCAAUAGGAGAGCGAGGUGUGGGGAUCCCUGGAGGGGUCAGGGUCCUUCCAACGCUGUUCCAUAUCUCUGUGACCAAGGCAAUACUACUCCUGUCCGUCUGUCCUGUGCGCAUGCCUGUCCAAUGUGUAGAGUUCCAAUAAAGUCAUCCAUGAGCUGAGUCAGCUCCCCUA